CUUUACUCCUUUAUUCCACCUCUAGAAUCGCACAAAAAAAAUAUAUUUACUGUACGCGACGCCAAGAAGGUAACCAAAUAAACUUUAAACUAUGGCAGAAUUCUCCGUGGAACGAGUAGAGGAUAAACGGACUGUAAAUGGGCGCACGGAAUACUACCUGAAAUGGAAGGGAUAUCCUCGCAGCGAAAACACUUGGGAGCCGGUCGAGAACCUCGAUUGCCCGGAUCUGAUAGCCAACUUCGAGGAGUCUCUAAAAAACAAUAAAAAGGAGACCAAAAAACGCCUGUCCACCUCCUCCACACCCGAUUCCAUCCGAAGCAAGCGCAAGAGCUUCCUGGAGGAUGACACUGAGGAACAAAAGAAACUUAUUGGUUUUGAGCGCGGUCUUGAGCCAUCAAAAAUUCUUGGCGCCACUGACUCAUCCGGCCACCUAAUGUUCUUGAUGAAGUGGAAGGGUAGCGAUCACGCGGAUCUGGUGCCCGCCAAGCUGGCCAACAUUCGGUGUCCACAGGUAGUAAUACAGUUUUACGAGGAGCGCCUUACAUGGCACACGGGUAACGGUAAUGGCAAUAGCAACUCCGGCAAUCUGCCCUCGUCCGGCGGUAUGGGCUCCAUAGGUGGUAGUGGUGCCGGUGACGACACAGCUCCCGGCAGUGUGGGAACCACCGGCGGCGGCAGUAAUGCCGAAGGAGCCGACGAUGAUGAUCAAGAACCGGCCAGCCCCAUCGGUAGCAUAAACCAGGACGAUAAUGCCAAGCCGGAGGAGAGCAGUGAGUUGGACAAUGGUCAGCCCGAUGCUGAUGACUAGUUAUGUGGAAAUUAUGGAUUAACGGUGAAUCCGGAUGACUGUUCAGGACUCAACCGCUUGUGUAUACAUACAUACACGCCGCGCCGUCUUUGCAAAUAACGAUAUACACAUAUUUUGUAGCGUAGCCCUUAAACUUAACGAUUUACUAAAUGAAGUCCUUUGCGGAGUUCCAAUCCGCAGUAGCAAUCUAAUACCUAAUCUAUAUAUAAGUUGAAAUGUAACUCUUUAUUUUACAUUUCUGUUUUAAUAUUUUUGAAUCCCAUGAAAGGUUAAGGAUCACAUAAGUCGCAAUUGUAUAUUAAAUUGUCCAGGACGAAUGGGCUAAAGGACAACCAUUAAUCAUCUAGAUAUCCUGAACUACCCGUAAGCAAUAUUUUUGAUCAUUUGAAUUGUAAUAAAGUCUACAAAUUCCCGAACGAAGUUACCCACUUGGCUCCUCUACGGCCAAGUUUUUAUUUAGCUAUUUUUUUUUUAAGUUACUUUUUAACUUAUAAUGCAGCCAAUUACGUUUUUGUAUAUCUCUUAUUUAGAAAAUUGAAACAAUUAUAUUUGAAACUUUGUAGGUUGUUAAGAAACCAAGCAUUUAUAUGGAAAAUAAAAUUAUGCGCAAGCAUUAGUGUAAAAUUUUAUUGAAUUGUAAAUUUUUAAAUCCUAUGAAUCCUUUUUUGAAAUUAUAUAAAUUGUUAUUUUCUUUUUGUAAAUUUCUAUAUGAAUUAUGUAUGUAUUGGCAAUAUGGAUUAAAUAUACACAUGAACAAAA